CAAGUCCCGACUGAGGAGGUGAAGACUAUGGCUGAGAUGACAAUACCAGAGGUCACAAUGUUCAGUCCAAACUUUGACUCAUUUGAUUUCCCUCCAAGAACGAUUCCAGAGUCACAGACGGUUCUGUCAUGCCUGAGUAUGUUUGAGGAUCUGGGUUUCUUGUCCAGGUGGAGGGUUAAGAUCGACACUCUGGUCAGGUUUCUACUGAUGGUGAAGAAAGGCUACCGAAACCCACCUUACCACAACUGGAUGCACGCAUAUGCUGUGACUCAUUUCUGCUAUCUGCUUAUUAAAAACCUUCAUUUGCACAACUAUUUGGAAGACAUCGAACUGCUAGCCCUUUUUGUUUCUUGUCUCUGCCAUGAUAUUGAUCACAGAGGAACUACCAACUCAUUUCAAGUCCAGUCACAAUCUGUACUGGCGGCUCUCUACAGUUCAGAGGGGUCUGUCAUGGAGAGGCACCACCUGGCGCAAAGCAUGUGUAUCCUGAACACAGAGGGCAGCAACCUGUUUGAGAACCUCUCCAGCAAAGAAUACCAGAUUGUGUUGGAUCUCAUGAGAGAAAUCAUCCUGGCCACGGAUCUGGCUCAUCACCUGCGAGCGGUCAAAGAUCAAGAGAAAAUGGCCGAGACUGGCCAGUAUGACAAGAACAACCCAACUGACAAGCAUAACCUCUUGUGUCUUCUGAUGACAGCCUGUGACUUGUCGGAUCAGACAAAGAGCUGGCACAAUACAAAACACAUUGCAUCCUUGGUGUACCAGGAAUUCUUCUCACAAGGAGACCUUGAGAAGGCUUUGGGUAAAAACCCGCUAGAGAUGAUGGACAGGGAGAGAGCUUGCAUUCCUGAGCUGCAGAUUUCUUUCCUGGACAACAUAGCCACACCUGUUUAUAAAAUUUUGGCCAACAUGUUUCCAGAAGCCGAUAUCCCCCUGAAGAAUGUAGAAGAGAAUCGUAAGCACUGGGUUCACAUAGGGCAGCUGCUGAAGCUACGCCACGGCACCUCCACCCAGGCCAUGAGUGUGGAGCAGAUCAUUUCUAUAGAAGAGGAGGAGGAGAGUGUCAGCGCGGAGAGCCAAAUCAACGGGAGAUGA